UUAUUAUCAGUUCAAUAAUUAAUACAAAAUACUUCAAGUCACUAAAUUACGAACAAACAAAAAAUAUUCCUUAAAAAUGCAUUUCAAGUUGGUCAUUUUAUUUUGCGCUCUAACUGCAGUACUUGCCUAUUCAUAUGAACCAAGUGAAUUAGCUGAUGCAGCCAUUGAAAAUGCGGAUUUGGCUUAUUAUGAAUUGCAACCAGAGUUACACCGUGAAAGACGUCAAUUAACAGCACAAGGCGGUGGCAGUCCCGGUAAAGGCUUUGAUAUUAAUGUUGAUGGACGUGCUCCAGUCUGGAAAAGUGAGAAUGGUCGUCACCAAAUUGAUGCAACUGGCGGAUAUUCACAACACUUGGGUGGUCCAUAUGGCAAUAGCCGACCUGAUUUUCGAGGUGGUGCAGUUUAUACAUUCAGAUUUUAAGUGGAAAGCUUUACCAUAUAUAGGUCCAUGUAAAUAGCAUCUU